CAUUCAACCAGCUGUUUUCCCAAUCGCAGGGACUCACAAAUUUUAAUUGUUCUAUUUCUGUAUUAAAACCCAACUUUUUUGUUGAUCUUGGCUUAGCGAUGGAUCCCAACUUGCGUAAUAUGAAAGACUUUCUUACAUUAUACAACAAAGUGACCGAGUUGUGUUUUAACCGAUGCGUCGAUAACUUUAAUCAGCGCGAGUUGGGCGGCGAGGAGGACACUUGCGUGGACAGAUGCGUCACCAAGUUCGCUCGCUUUAACCAAAAUAUUAUGAAAGUAUACGUGGAUGCUCAAACCAAAAUAAAUACACGCCGCAUGCAGGAAGUUGAGGAGAAUGCCCGAAAGUUAGAGCAACAGCAAAAGGAAGACCGUCAAAAGGAGGAGCAAACUCAGAAGGAAGCCUCAGCCGCCGGCCCUUCUGUGCUGACGCCAAUUCCUCCAAACGCCCCUGGAAAUCUAUCCAUGUAGCACCAGACCGACUCCGGAGUGGUAUGCCAAGCUGCAGCUGUUCCUUGUACGAAAUAGUUAAACAAACCAAAACAUACACGUAGAAACCGACACUCAAAUACACACAAUACCGACAAAGCAA